CGUCGAUUUGUUUGAAGUCUACAAAAAAUCUGGCCACUAUUGAAAACCUAUUUGCCAGUGUCUUUCCAUAAUGUGCCAGAGAGGAUAGAGCAUUACAGUGUUCCAGAAUAUUGCUAUAAUGUAGUCAACUAUAUGAGUUCACCAAGUGUACUGGAAGAGAUCGGUUUGAGUGACCUGUCAGAGUGUUUACACUGUAGCAGUCAACUCUCUGGAAGACAUGAGGCGUGAAUACGUGGCGAACUGACAUGACGGAAGGAAUCGUUGGAAAUAGUGACCCGCUCAUUUCAUGUAUCCCCAGCGACACAGUCCACACUGGAGUCUGGAAGCUUUUAAAACGAACAGUUGAGCCCAACACAAUGUGAUUCAGAUUCCAGGACAUAAUUUAUAUUCAAUUAUAUCAAGAAGGUGAACAUCUUUAAAGAACAACAAGGGACACUUAAGCAGUUUGUAAAAGAGAAAUGAUAAAAUAUUUAACUGUAUAUAUCUGCUAUAUAUACUUUUAACAGUAUCUCCUUACAAAGUUUGAUUAUGUUUAGUUUAUCAAGAUUGGAAAUCUCAAACGGAAUCAUUAGAACAUUCGUGGGAAAUUUGUUUCAUCCUUCAACCAACAAAGACAACUAUAAAUGCCAACAGAGAUCACAAUUGUAAUUCCAGCGACUGAAGAGGAAGAUCUGUCUGCUUCUGACAACGAGGAUGUCCCAUUGAGCAAUCGUGGCCAACGUUCUGGUACAAGUUCAACAGACAUUGCCGCUGCUUCUUCUUUCGUGAACGACACAACAAAACCAACAGGUAAUGACAGAAAAGGAACAGGUAAUGACAGAAAAGGAACAGGAAAUGACAGAAAAGGAACAGGAAAUGACAGAAUUCGUUCGCGCACCGGACGAUACAGUCAAAGCAAAAACGCCACCAGAGUCUGCCAGAAGAAGAGUUCAGGAAACGGAAAGGACAAGCCCACCAUUGGCAGGCGUCAGACGUCACAACUACACUAUUUAAAUGACGACUUGGACAAGACGUACAACGUAGUUCUAGACAGACAACUCUUUAGGCCAGUUACUAAGCCAGACAAGGUUGAAGAUGAGCCAACUAAACCACAAGGGAUCCAUGUUUCAAUUACUGGUAGCUACGACAUAGACCUGGAGCAUCAGGAGAUCAUGGUCAAAGCUCUGAGGGCUUAUAGCCGUCACAGGAACUCUGAUGUCAUCCUGGGCGACGCUAUUCCAACAUCGGCAAAGGCUACAGCAUGUGUAAACAGAAAGGUUUCUGAUACUCUAAAAGCAGCGCUGACAAAUCAUUCAAAGACAACCCCUUACGAAUCUGACCCAAACAUCCUUCUCCCUAAUUACGCCAGCGGCUUUAAACUCUCUCAGUGUCGUCUGCGCUUUUUCGACGAUAGUGACGACAUCAACACACUCACAUCAGUGCCAAGCGGUAAAGGCCCGUCAUUCUCUACGAAACGCAGACCGUUAUCAACUUCUGCUUCCGCUACUGUAGCGGCUAUUCCAACACUGUACCAGUUGGAAGAAUCAGAUGGAAUUCUAGUCGAUGCCGUGGGUCAUGUUUACAAAUCCAAAAGACUUCGCCCCUGGACGCCCUGUCCCAUGAAAAAUACAGAAAAUAUAAUUCUGCAAAAAGAAAACACCCACCAACCACAGUCACCCAGGUCUAGUGAGGUGCAGCCACCGGUAAGUUCUAGUCUCAGUUCCAAACCAAUAAACAGGCGAAAAAGUGUUCCCAGUCCAGGACAGCCGGUCAGAGCAGCCUCAGUCAGGAUGGACAUCCCACAACCCUCUAAAUCCUUCCAGCGUAGAAAUAUGACCACCCACCUGUGGACCGACGGCAGUCAGCUCAUGAGCCGCAGCAUGCCCACCUCGUCCUUCCUCCAUCAGAGGUACAACAGUUCUUUCCCGACAUCCCCGAGGUCCUCACGGGACACCGCCUCCGAGAAAACAUCCCCCGUGGCGGGAAAACAGGCGAACGCUCGCCCGUCCUCAUCUUAUUCCUACGAUGGCGGCUUCUUCCUGGGCGCCCACUCUGGACAGGCAGAGUACUUCGUCAUCCACCCGGACUGGGUUUCGGAGGCAGUCACCAUCAAAAAGUUGUCUGUCGGCAACAAGACUGUGGGGGCGCCGGUAGCCAAGAGCGCUAGCUUUAAAAGUGGCAUUUGGUCUGGGCGCAGAUGCUUAAGUGCGCCCCCUGCCAAAAGAAGAAACCCCAUUACUUGGGAGUCUCUGGAUUCAAACGGUGUACCGGAUAAACAGUUCUAGGAUUUAUUAAGAUCGUGUAGUUAGUUUCAAGAAUUAUUUUUAAAAGUCUGGUAAAAACAUCAACAUAGCAAUGGAACCACCAGAUCCUUCAAAGCUUCAGCACAGUACUUAAGUCUCAUCCGCCUUUUUUCUUUAUCUUUCAAUGUGUAAAUAACACUGCAAGUUGCUAAUGUCGUUAAAACAUUUGUCUUCACACGUAUGGCUCUAUCAUCAGCUUUCACAAAAUAAUAAAAUAAAAACUAAUUUUUAAACCAACUUUGAAAUGUUCUUAUACAAGUUAAAAACCGGUCAAUUUGGUUUUUGUCAUCAGAAAAUUGUCUUAACUUAUUGAGACAUAGUCAUGAAACGGAGUCCAGUUUUUUAUAUAUAUUUUUUUUUUUAAUUUUAUUUUAUCUGGACUUCACUUUGUAAAUACCUGUGAUGUGUAAUUAAAUCUAUUUUGUAUGUUCAUCGUUCUCUACUGCUGUACUGUCUGCUCCACUAGCACAUCCUAUUCCAUAAUUAUUUAGAUCUAUAUGUUGCAAUGUUAAGCGGUGGUUUCCUAAGCGGUCACAAUGUUGAAGUAAUUGUCACUUUCAUUCAUGGAGUCCAAUUUCUAAACAGAAAGCUUUAGCAAGCAUAGUUGUCUUAUUUUCUCUCUUUCUAAAUUAAAGAUUCAUUGCUUCGAAAUGUAAACAGCAUCUUACAAAUUAAAGUCUAAACAAAGAGAAAAUUACUGUGAUUAACUUUUAGUCUAAAAAUCUUUAAAAAAAAAUAAUUUUAAUCUGAGAGAAAAAGAUGAGAAAGCGAUUUGAAGAAAUUUGUUGGCGAUUUAAUGGGGCCUUGUGGUAAAAUGUAGGAAAUUGAAAAGGGGAAGUUUAAAAGAGAUUUGUAGAAAAAAAUAGAUAAGUAAACAAUGUCAAGGACGCAUAUUGCAAGAGCGACGUCGCCAACUCAACAAAUAAUUAUGUGUGCUACAAGAGAAAGGACGAAGAAAUUUGAUUCUGCAGUAGGUAAAAGGUAAAAAUGAUUAUAUUUUGUAUUAAUAUUCUUGGUGUCUUCUGUACACCGGAUACACCAAAAAGCUUGCUAUUUAUAGAUUGGCCUCCAUGUAGGAGACUCUCCACUAGAGUGUAAACUAAUAUAGCCUAGACGUUUGGAUUUGCACACAUUAAGACGAAAAUGUGUAAGAUUAAACUUGUCGUAAUCUUUGUUUCUUGUGAACUAAGGCCUAAUAGAGUCUACCGCAGUUUUAAAUGUAACAUUUGUGAAAACAAAACAAUGUAAGACCCAUAGACUUACAGAUAUUAUAUAUAUAUGUCUAUGGUAAGACCGUUCUUGUUAAGUCCUUUGUCUCUCUGAGAAAUGGCGUCAAGUCGUCACUGAAAGGUCGAGCAUGGGAACCACUGCUGUUGUAGUAUACUAUCGGUGACUGUUGUAGUAUACUCUCGGUGACUGUUGUAGUAUACUAUCGGUGACUGUUGUAGUAUACUAUCGGUGACUGUUUUAGUAUACUAUCGGUGACUGUUGUAGUAUACUAUCGGUGAUUGUACAAUUUGUGAUUGACUUUUGUUAUAACUAACUCUUUCAUCUCAUGGUGUUGAAUGUUAGCCUAAUCCUGUUAUGUAUAACAUUGACUAUAUAAUCUUUCCUUCUUUAUACUCUGUUCAUGUUGCAAUGGGAUGUUCCUGGUUUAACACUAUCCACCAUUAUCAAUUGAAGGGCUUAGAACUUCCUAAACGUAAAAAGUCAAUUGCCAAAUGUUAAAAAUUGACCAACCCCUAAGCCUAUAGUUUUAUAGUGAAAUAAUCUAUCCCCCAGGAGUAAAUAUUUUGUUUAAGACAGAUGUACCGUAAGGUUACAUUAAACUAUCUACCGACUGGCUAGUCUAGAAGUAAAUGCUUGAAAGGAGGAGAGUGAAUGUUUGGUCACCAAUUUAAAGCAAGAAGCUUUCUGAGGCCUACAUAGAAAGGAGAUGAACCUUUUCUCUCACUGCGAAACUUUUGAUAAAACUACUCAACUCAGCUUGACAUUAACUGUUGUAGUUGCUGUUUGUAAUUGACAAAACCAAUUCUAAAAUGCCCACUAUUCCAUUGUUAGACUUGAGUUUCUUCACGUAGAGCCCAUAUACAGACAUCUAUUUUUAGAAGCAGUCUUGCCCUCAGCCCUCCAAUUGUUUGUUUCAGUGCUGAAGGAAAUCGUUGUUGUUGUUUUUAAGUGUUCUAGAAAAGUGACUGUUAAAAAAAAACAAAAGGGGAGAGAAGAAAUAUAAAAAGAAAAAAAAAGUUGCAUUAAGCCUGAAUUAAACUAAGUGCACAUUAAAUGAAUAUUAAAAAAAAAACGUUUCUUCAGUAGUCAGCAGUAGAUCAUGUAACAAGAUUGUCAUAGAACAGUAGUCAGCAGUAGAUCAUCCAGCGCAACAAAAUAUUGACUUUUAAGUUGCAACAAAUUUUGAUUCAAACCGGGCGGACAAAUAAAAUGUCCGGAUUAAAUAACUUAACCUAUGCUAGGAUUCGAACCAGAGAUUUUAUUUAGCUUCCUGACUAGCUUAAUACGUUAAGCGUAAAAAAAAUAUUGGUGAAUUACUGUAAUGACUUCAAAUUUCCUUUAAAAAAAACAAUCUUGUAGACAUUUCCCACUUCACAGAUGUCUCACAUCGGUGCUAAAGAUUGUGAUCAGAUGAACAUGGACUAUAUACUAUCAAAAUGUUCGAUACUUACUAUCUACUAACUUGUUCAGUGCAAUGCAUUCUGGGGGGACUGGAGUCUAGGAGUUUAUACAAGCCAGGAGGCUCUCUGUUUUGGCCCAAGAGAAGGGGUGGGUGUUUCUCAGCCUUUAAAAAAAAACGUGUCCAUACUUCGACGUUCAAUCUCUGCUUAAUGUCAACUGCUAAGGACAUUCAGUUUUUUUGCUUAUAAGAAACAUGAAAAGAGCAAAGUGCAGGAGUACUGCAAGACUUAAGUUUGUUGAUCUUGCUACUCAAGCUACUUGGUCACCUUGCUAAUUGGUCACCUUGCUACUUGGUCACCUUGCUUGCUAGGUUGACUUUUAAUUGAAAUACUUUAUAAGCAAAGUCGGAUUCCGCAUAAUUGUUCAUCUAGGAAAUUACUGUGUCAAUUUGUUUUCAUGCAAGUUUUUAAGUAUGCUAACUACUUAUGUUACCAUUAGUCCAACAACUAAGUUGAUGUCUGUGCUAGUCAUUCCAGUAGGAAAGUUUUUGUUUGUUUCUAGACAGUUACCUCAAAGGAUUUUGUUUGUGUGUGUGUGUGUAUGUAUGUAUAUAUGUUGUAAUGCUUUUUUUUAUUAUUUGGUUCAAUUCUAAAAACUUUGCUAAAAGUUAUUAGUUUGCUCGGUCAAAACAGGCAAAGCAGAUAAUAUAUACUUCUCAAAUUUUGGAAAAGAUCAUUUCUAAACUAUUUCAAUGGAAAGAACUCAGAAACUUUCAGAAAAACACAUUGACCUACAUUGAAUUCUCUCUCCUCCACCCCCACCCCAGUACUGAAUAAUUUCAACUAUCCAAUUUGUCAUGCCACAGCUUGACAGGAAACAUGUCUUGUUAUUUCAUCUUUCAUGUGCGAUCGUAUGUACAUCCAAAGUGUAAUACUGUACCAGGUGAGAGAGAGAGAGUCUAACUUCUCUAACUAAAUUUGAAUGAUUCUAAAACCUGGUCACGAAACCGACCACUUGUCAAAAUGUUUCUUUGAAAUAAGCUUUAAUGUUAUAUUGACAUACGUGCUUGUUAUUUGCAAGUUUUACAUCUAGCACAAAAUAGCACUGCCAGUAAUGUAGCAUUGAAUGACAUCAAACUGAGUUGAUAUUUGUUGCAAAUGUUUUACAUAUGUUUUUUUUAAAUAUCUUUUUUUAUCAUCAACAAGUCUUAGCAGCUUUACAUUGUAUGCUAUUGAAUUACUUAAUUAAACCUUUUUUUGUGUCCCAAAGGAA